CGUAAAAGAGUACAUGAAAAUAAAAAGAAAAAAGAAUUUUUUUUAUUAAAAAAAAAACCCAAGUUGAUUUUCUCGCCUCGGUUUAGUCUUUCCUCUCUCCUCUUCUCUCUCUUCUGUGUUUCUCUCUGUCUCGAGCUUGCUGUGUUCACUUGGUCUCUUUCUGGUCCUCCAUUUUUUUACUCUGUGAUUUCUUAAUCUGACAUUGUCGAGGAAGCAAGUUGAAUGCUCUCUCCUCAACUUGAUUGAUCAAAUUGUACGUGAAGCAUUCAAGCUUCAUACUAGGCACAGGGAGGACAGCUCGUCUUCUCAGUUCCCCUGCUUAAACUCUACCCUCCGACCAGAGAUUUCCCAUCUUGGGUAUCCUUAAAAGCACCGGACUCGUCCAUUCCCAUGUCCAAGAUGUCAUCUUUUCUACGAGAUGCCCUGCACAGCCUCCCCCCUUUACACGGGUUAUCGCAGAAACUCGAGGAGGAAGUCGGAGAAACAGAGGAGGGAGAGGUGGAGGAGGCAGGGGAUGGAGUCGAGCUCAGCCUCGGGCUCUCACUGAAUGGCCGGUUCGGCGUGGACCCGAGGAGGGCGGAGAGGAAGAUCAGCCGGUCGUCUUCGAUCCCGGACUUCGUGAACCCGUCAUCGGCGACGGGGAUGGUGUUCGGUCCGCCGCUCGUCAGGACUUGCUCCCUGCCCGCCGAGACGGAGGAGGACUGCAGGAAGAGGAGGGAAAUUCAGAGCCUGAGGAGGUUGGAGGCCAAGCGGAAACGGAUCCAGAAGCAGAAUUCCUGCUCGAUUCGGGAUCAUGGCAAUUCGGUAAUGGAGGAGGGAACGAAUGGGAUUCAUCUUCAACCUCGGACUCUGUCGCAGCAGGGCUCAGUUGGGUCGCAGGGGAGUGGCACUGGCUCUUCUGGGAUUUCAUCGGACUCCGAUAUGCAGCAGCAAAUCCAAGAGAGUGAAUCCAAAUCACCGGCUGUACAGAGACCUCCGCUUCCAAAGGGCUCGAUGCCGACGAACGGCCACAGAUCACCCGCCAAAGGGGGUGCCGGGAUGGGGAAAAAUGUGCUGGAAGAAAUGCCUUAUGUGUUUACCAAAGGGAGUGGGCCUGAUGGGAAGAGAGUAGAAGGGUUCCUAUACCGAUAUAGGAAGGGGGAUGAGGUGAGGAUAGUCUGCGUUUGCCACGGGAGUUUCCUUAGCCCGGCCGAGUUCGUGAGGCAUGCUGGCGGCGGUGACGUCACGCACCCGAUGAGACACAUUGUCGUGCUCCCCAGCUCUUUGCUGUAGUGAUCAUCCUAUUGAUGAUCCGCCGGAACGCUGAACUUUUUAUUCAAUAUAAAAGUGAGGAGAAGAUGGUAGAAUCUCGCUGUUUGAUGCUUGAUGAAUCGAUUUUAGUACCAUGCUUUGCUAGAUUCGCCCUUCCCUGGAAAGUGAUUCCUGGCAUUCUUGGUAAUAACUUACGAAGCAAACCGGUUAACAUUUCCCGCAAUUGGAAUCAAUCCGAGAAGAAGUCUUACAAGAACCAGAAGAUGGAGUAAUAUUCCGGAGUCCGUUGUAAAUUGCAUCAAUGCAGCCAGCAACAAGGUUGAGAUGAAUGCCAAGGCUAAAACAAAGGUAGCUCGAGGUCAUCUGAUCCUGCAUAUAUAGCUGUUUUGCGUUAGUAAAUGAACUGUCUUAGCUAUAAAAGAUAUAUUUAUAUUUAGGUGUGGGUGUCUUUUUAAGUUCUCUAAGCAGCUGAAGCUGUUAAAUGAUGUAUUUAUCAAUUUCUUGCCGACUUUAGAACUAAUGUUCCUAGGAACUAUUUACACCAAACUGAUGUGAGAGCCUGUUCCUAUGGAUGCUAAACUCUGUUGAAUACAUCGGUGUCAAUUUUCGAUGA